GACUUCUUCAAUCCAUACAGACUCAGCACUAAUAUCUUGUACGUAAUGAGCUAAAGAGUGAACCACUGUAUUUGCUUCCCUCUUAACGAAAUGAAAGUCCAUAAUCCCUUCUGCAGGAGCCAAUUCAGCAAUGUCAUCAACCACUAGCUCGCCAAAAACAUCAAAUAUUCCCUUCCCAUUCAGGCCAUCUAGUUGCAGCUGCCAUAACCAUCCCUUUCGCUCCAGUCAGAAGGACUGCCCCAUUGUCAUCAAUUAGUUGAUUUUUUUAGAUCCAGGUGGAAAUUACUCACGUUCACGAUCGUCUCUAGUUUUAUAUUUUGGUUGGACGUUUUGUCGGAUUAUUAUUGUUACUAUUAUUGUUUAGUAUGUGUUUUUUAGGAUUAUUUUUUAUCUGAACAAGAGUGAAGCUCCCCCCAGGUCGACGGCUCUACUUGGCACACUCCACUGUCAACUCUUCCAUGGCUAAUUCCUGUCUCUGCUUCCUCUCACUCACUCUUCUCUUCUCUUUAUCUGCAACAUCACCUUCGCCACACAAUCAACAAGAAGAAACCCCAGUAACCCGUUUCCAGCAAUACCUCAGAUUCAACACAGCCCAUCCCAAUCCUAACUACACAGCGCCAGUCUCUUUCCUCGCUUCAAUUGCCCAGUCAAUCGGUCUAAAAAUCCAGACUUUAUACUUCACACCUGGCAAACCAGUCCUUUUAUUAACAUGGAUUGGUUCAAAACCAACUCUUCCUUCGAUUAUCUUCAAUUCCCAUCUCGAUUCUGUCCCCGCCGAACCCACCAAAUGGAUCCACCCGCCUUUCUCCGCCGUCCGUACGGAUGACGGUGAUAUCUUUGCCCGUGGAGCACAGGAUGACAAGUGUAUUGCUAUACAGUAUUUAGAAGCUAUCCGUAACUUGAAAGCUAAAAGCUUUAUCCCAAUUAGGACUAUCCAUGUUUCUUAUCUUCCUGAUGAAGAGAUUGGUGGUGUUGAUGGCGCUGAAAAGUUUGUUAACUCUAAGGAGUUCAGAGAAUUGAACGUUGGGUUUGCUAUGGAUGAAGGGCAGGCUUCAGUUAAUGAUGAGUUUAGAGUGUUUUAUGCCGAUAGGACUCCUUGGGAUUUGGUGAUUAAGGCAAAAGGACAACCUGGACAUGGGUCGAGAAUGUAUGAUAAUAGUGCAAUGGAGAAUUUGAUGAAGAGUAUUGAGGUCAUUAGUAGGUUCAGAGAAAGUCAGUUUGAUGUCGUUAAGGCUGGGAAAGCUGCUAAUUCUGAGGUGGUUUCUGUUAAUCCGGUUUAUUUGAAAGCUGGUACUCCUUCUCCUACUGGAUUUGUUAUGAAUAUGCAACCAUCCGAGGCAGAAGCAGGGUUUAAUAUUAGAUUGACUCCUACAACUGAUACUGAUCUGCUCAAGAAAAAGAUUGCUGAAGAGUGGGCACCUGCUGUGCGCAACAUGACAUAUGAGAUAAUUGAGAAAGGACCCAUAAGAGAUAUCAGGGGACGACCGUUAAUGACUGCAGUGGAUAAUUCCAAUCCAUGGUGGUCAGUUUUUAAGCGAGCUAUCACAGCAGCUGGAGGACAACUUGCAAAGCCUGAAAUCUUGGCCUCAACUACUGAUGGGCGGUUCAUAAGACGGUUGGGGGUUCCUGUUUUUGGUUUCUCUCCGAUGACAAAUACUCCCAUAUUGUUGCAUGAGCAUAAUGAGUUUUUGAAGGAUACCGUCUUCUUGAAAGGAAUCGAGGUGUAUGAGCAUAUAAUUAGUUCAUUAAGUUCCUUUGAGGAGGUUCAUUCAACAUAGAUGUUCUUGGUUGGUGACUAAUGAGGAGAAUGUAUAAUGCUUUGACUGGUGAUACUGUUCUGCUGGUAUGACAGAUCAUAUUGCCUGUAUUCGAUUUGCAAAUAUUUGGCCAUAUCUGUUUUUUUUUUACUACUAAUUACCAACUUGUGCAUGCCAUUGGUUCAUUGUGCUACUGUAGAAUGAUCAAUAUUAUUACAUUUUGAAGCCAUUUGUAACCACACCUUUUCUAAAGCCUUCUGUGAGAGAGUUAAGAGACUACUGAUACUGAAUUCUGUGAGAGAGUUAAGAGACUACUGAUACUGAACUUAUGUAUCCAUUGUAUAAGAUUCUUGUUACACAACACGCAAUUACUGUUGCAUGCUUUCUUGAGA